AUCAAAAGUUGAAGCUUUGGAUGGCUCCAACUAUGAGGAAUGGAGCGGUCGGAUGAGGAGUGCCUUCAAACGCUACAAGCUACUGAAGAUUGCUGUUGGGAAAGAGAAGAUGCCGGAAGAAGGCGAAGCACGAGAAAAGGGGGAAGUUGGAGGCUUCUGGAAGAUGGGGUGUGCAUUUGGGGAUUGCAAAGGAUCACAAGGGGUGGCUGCUGUAGGACUUGACCACCCAGAAGCUGACUGUGUCAAGGGAUAUGAGUUGCAGCAGCCUUCAAGACAGGUGGAGGUUGCAGUGUCUGAGGAGGAGAUGUCUGGGGUGACUGAGGAAAGGGGAGCAGCUGAGGUGGAGCAGCAGCAGCAGCAGCAUGAGUCUCCACCUCGAGUUCCACACCCGCCUGAGCGACCUAGGAGGGAUGUGCGCCCUCCAGUGAGGCUGACCUAUGGGGGAAGAGGCAAGCUGAAUGUUGUGCAGGCUGGGAGUGUGGUUGAGCAGAUUGAGGAAGAUGACAUCGCUCACUGCUACUGGGCACCAAUCCCUGAGCCCAAGACUCGAGAGGAGGCCUUGAAUGGACCAAAUGGGGAGAAGUGGAAGGCGAGUGAGGAUGAGGAGUUUGGGUCCCUGAUUGAGAACGAGACAUGGGACCUGUGUGACUUGCCUCCUGGGAAGAAGGCAAUCACUUCCAAGAUGAUCUACAGGCACAAGUAUGGACCUGAAGGGGAGCUGACCCGCUACAAGUCUAGGCUUGUGGCACGGGGGUUUCAGCAGACAAAGGGGAAGGACUAUGAUGAGGUGUUUGCUCCUGUGGGGAAAGGAACAACACUGAGGGUGCUGUUGGCGAUAGCUGCACUCCUGGGAUGGAAGAUACGGCAGAUGGACAUAGUGACUGCCUUUUUGAAUGGGAUCAUUCUAGAGGAGGUGUACAUGAAGCAGCCAGAGGGGCUGGAUGAUGGGAGCGGCAGGGUCUGCAGGCUGAAGAAGGCCAUCUAUGGCCUUAAGCAGGCGCCUCGUGCAUGGUAUCACAAGUUGGAGGAGGCGCUGCUGGCUGGGGGUUUCAAGAAGAGUGAGUGUGACCCCAGCCUGUUCCUGUUGCAGGAGAAGGAUGAAAUCCUCAUGCUCUUGGUGUAUGUGGAUGAUAUCCUUCUCUUUUCUGCAUCAACUGCUUUGCUGGACAGCGCAGAGCAGAUGCUGGAGAUGCAGUUCAAGUGUUCCAAGAUGGGUGAGGUGAAGUACUACUUGGGGAUGCAUGUGGAGAGAGAUGUGGAAAAGGGUGUGCUGAGGUUGCACCAGAGGAAGUACUGUGAGGGGCUGGCUGAGAAGUAUGGGCUGCAAGAUGGGGGAAAGCCAGCAACACCACUACCUUCGGGGUUUACUGUGGAGCCAUGUGCUGAUGAGGAGGUAGUGGGUGAGAGUGACAGGAAGCUGUUUCAUUCGAUGGUUGGCACUACGGCAUCAGUGGGAUUGGAGUACAGUGGAGUGAGGCAGCGGUUGCAGAGAGGUGCUGCAGAUGUGAAGAGUGGAGAGAUGCUCUUGAGUUGCUAUACUGACGCUAGCUUCAACUCAGUGAAAGCGGAUGGCACCAGCAUUGGGGGUUAUGUGUGCUUGCUGGGAGGUGGUGCUGUGAGCUGGCGCAGGAAGAAGCAGAAUGAGGUGGGAUUGUCCUCAUAUCCUCACCGUCCAUUUGAGCUCAUCACCGACGCUAGCGAUCUGGCCGUUGGCGUAGUCCUGUUACAAGACUUCGGCGAAGGCCUACAACCGAUCGCCUACGAGUCACGAAAGCUGAACCCAGCCGAGCGAAAUUAUCCUGUCCAUGAGAAGGAGUUACUCGCCAUCGUUCACGCUUUCAAAGUCUGGCACUGCUACCUGACGGGUGCUGACGUAACAGUCUGAACAGACCACAAGUCGCUACAGUU